UUCUUCUUUGCCACUCCCUUGCGUGCUUUGAGAAGCAUGUUUCUCUCUUCACGGGCCCAGCGCCACUCGCCAUAUACCUCUAGCAACGACUCGCGAUCGCCUAUUUCCCAACCCAGAAGCUCGCCCAGUUCGAGACGGUCGAGUGGGUUUUCGUCUGCAUCUUCGUCGUUUGUUGCUUCAUUGCCGACUGCCUAUUCGACCUACUCGGUUUCUGCCGAAUCUCCUACUCUCAAACGCGCCAGAAACUUUUCUGAGCGCGAGGAUCACGUGUCCUCAGAUUGGGAAUGCGAUCUUGCAUAUGCAGUUGUCCACGCUUCUGACUGCACUACCUGUCGCGCCUACAAGGCCCAUGUUUCCGAUGCUAAAAAGUUGUCUUCAAAUAUUCAGCGGGCACUCCAAGACCGGGACAAGCAGCUCGAUACUUAUUUUGCUGACGGUGUUGAAGAAGGCCGUCGUGCGCAACAAGUCCAAGAUCAGGAUCGAAUCCACGAGCUUGAAGGGGCGAAAUCUGACGCAACUGCGCUGGUUGCCCGUCUGAGGGCAGAAAUACGCGACUCCUCUGCCCAACAGAAUCAGCUGCAGUCUCAGCUUCGUCUCGCUCAAACGGAGUGCGAGGCUCUCAGGAAGCGUGUACAAGAACUCCUUCUCGCCAUGCCAACGGAGAACGCCAACUCUCUGUCCAAGCCAGAAUCUGGCUCACGAUUUGCUAAACCCGAACCUGAAUUGCUUGCUCAACAUUCCCUUCCUCCACGGCCAGAGGUGUACCCGCCCCAUGCUCCUUUCCACCACCCGAUCCGCAUGCCAAAAACAUUGCGACAGCUUCAGUUGCUUAUGAGCAAAGCCCAUCAGCCGGGGAACGAGGACACACUCACCCGCAUCAAAGUUCUUUGCACUGAAGCCCACAAUACUCCGCGAGAACGGAAAACGGAGAUGCAGCGUUAUAUUCUUGCCAAUUGGCGUAAUCCUGAGCCAGCGACAGCACCGUCCAGCUCGUAUGGUCAUUCCCAGCCGCCUCUUCUUUUGGGCCCCCACCACUCUGUUCAACCUCACGUCAACAACCCACGAGCUGAUGACCCAACUGAGGUCUGGCACGCUUAUUUGACAGUGCAUCAGGGCUCUUGGCCUCGUGGGGUCCGCAGAGAGGCUGAUGGAAGCCCUCAUUUCGACGACCUCAAAGCCAGUCGUACAGUUGCUCGACUUCGGCCAACUGGCGGGGACUCUUCGUUCCGCAACGAAUGGAUGUCUUGUGUAGUUGGAAUGUUUGCUACGCCUGGGAUGUAUGCUGAUCUCCUGCGUCGGGAGGGUUUGGUGGUUGCACCCGGCCACAUGGCCGUUCGCCGACCAUACUCUGCUUCAAACGGGGAAACUAUUCGAGUGGAAGACGUUGUUCGACACUUUGCUGAUGCUGGCGUAACUGUGGUGGAUGCUGAAAGAGAAAUCGAGGCUUGGGCGAGGGAGUAUCAGGCUGCAAUAAUCUAUCCCAACGACGCAAAAUCGCGUUCCAAACCCAAUAACCCCCAGCAUCACCACAAGACCAGCACCACGUUGCCCUAUUCCCGUGGAACGAGAUCGUAUGACCGGGAGCAAGAGGAGCGCUUUGGAUGGCGUUGA